UUGGAGGGAGCCCUAAGCCGGUCCUCUCUGCCUUCUUCGUUUCGGGGAGUCACUCCAUCCAUCGAUUUCUAGGUUUGGCGAAUCGAUUUGUUUUGUUGCAGAAAAAGAAGAAGGAGAAGAGAUCGAAAGCCUGAGAGUCUUUGUUCGAUAUAUUGGAAAGGUUUGGGCGUUGGAUUCGAUGGAGAUCGUGCGAACGAGGAAGAGGCCUCGGCUCGCUUGGGACGUAGCUCCUCCCGAACGACGAGAGGCCGUUCGGGAUGAGGCGGCUCCGCCUAGGAGGGGCGUCUCGCCCCCGUGGAGGGAGGAUGACCGAGAAGGGCAUUACGUGUUCGAUCUUGGAGAGAAUCUCACCCCUCGCUAUAAGAUACUUAGCAAGAUGGGUGAAGGUACUUUUGGUCGUGUCUUGGAAUGUUGGGAUCGUGAGGCGCGUGAAUACGUGGCAGUCAAAGUGGUUAGGAGCAUAAGCAAGUACAGAAGUGCUGCAAUGAUUGAAAUAGAUGUCCUUAAUCUUCUAGCUAAACAUGAUAAAGAUGGAUCACGUUGUGUACAGAUUCGAAGAUGGUUUGACUACCGAAAUCACAUAUGCAUCGUGUUUGAGAAGCUUGGCCCAAGCUUGUAUGAUUUUUUAAAGAGAAAUAAAUACUGCCCAUUCCCUGUGGAACUUGUGCGGGAGUUUGGACGUCAGCUGUUGGAAUCUGUAGCAUAUAUGCAUGAUUUACGCCUUAUUCACACUGAUCUGAAGCCAGAAAACAUUCUUCUUGUAUCUUCUGAAUAUGUAAAGGUUCCAAGCAACAAGAAGAAUGCACAAGACGAGAUGUACUUCAGGUGCUUGCCAAAGUCUAGUUCUAUAAAGCUGAUUGAUUUUGGUAGUGCUGCCUUUGAGAACCAGGAUCAUAGCUCAAUUGUUUCAACGAGGCAUUACAGGGCACCUGAAAUUAUUUUAGGUUUAGGGUGGAAUUAUCCCUGUGAUGUAUGGAGCGUUGGAUGCAUACUUGUUGAGCUUUGUUCGGGAGAAGCGUUGUUUCAGACACAUGAAAAUUUGGAGCAUUUAGCCAUGAUGGAGAGAGUUUUGGGACCAUUACCAGAACGCAUGAUAAGAAAAGCCAGUUCCUCGGCUUCAAAAUACUUCAGGCGAGGUUCACGGUUAAAUUGGCCUGAAGGUGCUGUUUCCAGAGAGAGCAUUAGGGCUGUGAGAAAGCUUGACCGGCUUAAGGGUUGGAUGUCAAUGAAGCAAAAUACAUUAAAACAUUAUUUAGCUGUACAGCAGUGGAUUGGUUCACUGGUCGGUGGUGACAUCUCUUGCUCUUUUUCAGGAUAUGAUCUCUAGUCAUGUGGAUUAUUCCAGAGCUUCGUUAAAUGAUUUGUUGUAUGGGCUUUUGAAAUUUGAACCAUCGGAGCGAUUAACGGCUCGUGAAGCCCUCAACCAUCCAUUCUUUGAAAACCCUACGUGAGCAAUAGUUGGAAGGGUGAGAGAAGGCUAGUAAUUUGAUGAUCCGUGAUUGGUUUUACUGGCUUCCAAGAAGAAAUCCAAUCCGAAACUGCAAAACCUCCAGCAACAUCUGUAUCAUAUCUUAUCUUUAAGCUCAUUUUCCUGCCACUGUAAUGCCAAUUGAUGCCUUGUUGAUGGUAUCUUUUGUAA